AAACCCUCCAAUCCCCAACUCAAAAACACUGCCGCCCGUCCCAUCCCCUCCCCUGCCCCUUUCGGUCUCUCCUCUGGUACAGCCGCGCGCCUCCCUCCUCGAGCCGGUCGUCCCUUUGCUUGUCACGCUGCAAACGUCGUUGCUGCGUCCGGUUCUGGUUGCUUCUUCGCUCUCCUUCGGCUUCCUCUGGUCCUCGUCGCUGCGUCCGCGGGUCCAGUCCUUCUACCGUCCGGUUCUGCUCCUCGCGCGUCCUCAUUCACUGCAGUUAUUGUGCAAUGGAUCUUGAGGAGAAGAGUUACAAGCCUGAAGCAGGAUUUGAAGAAGAUAUUAGAGAACCGCUUGUUGAUCUUUCAUUGACGGACUCCACAGAGCUAUGGCUCAUUCAAUGGCCCCAUAACGAACUUCCUGAUUUUCAAGGGAAAGAAAUAUCAAUUAGUCUCCAUCGUGAUGGAUGUUUGGGCAGUUUUGAGGGCUCAUCAGGAAAAGUAUAUGAUGUUGUCAGCUCUUUUAUGGAAGAGCCAGAUGCAACAGUUUUCGUAUCCUCUGAAUCUGAAACAAAAAUUGUGGGAAAUAUUUCAAGGCGAGUUUCUCUUGUCCAUUACCAUGAUCCUAAAGAACUUGAGAAACAAGAAGCUGAAAAGAAGUCAAAACGACUGUAUCAGAUGUCUGCUGGAUCUUCAUUGAUAAACUCUUCUAAUCAUUCUGGGACUCCAAGCCAAAGUUCCAGGCUCAGAAACUCACAUUCAUCAAGGGGACAUCCAGCCUCAACACACAGUAGCAGACAUAGGAGUUCUUUGUCUGAGGUUGGGGAGCAAUCAAGUGCAAAGAAGAGAAAGCAUAAGCAUGGACUCCUUAUGUCUACAGAUCAGUCUACUCUAGAUUCGGGGCGGGGUCAUAGUGGAUAUACCUUUUCAGGGUCAUCAGAGCAUUCAGACCGAGGGAGAUUGAAAGAGGAAAUAAAAACUGAGUAAUUUCCCCCUUUUUGCUUGGGUGUUGAUUUCCUUUUUAGAUUUCAAUGAUUAUAGUAAUGAUAAGAGAUGGUAUGCUGAUCUUCUUUGCUUAAAUUACCCUCUGUUUCCUUACAAAAAUUACACAGUUGUCAGUUGCAGCAUUGCGCAAAAACCUGAUUUAUAAAUAACUUACAUAAUUUUCUGUUUUCCUUUGAUCA